CUCGCUCGUCUAGCGACCAGCAGCACCCAGGCUCCAGCGAGCAAAGCGAUCUAAAUAGAGCUAGGAAACUCGAGUUGAUUGAUGAUAACAGCGCUACGCAAGAAUCCGUAGUCCAGAGCCCUAUAAACAAUCUGUCUUGCGCGUAUAUGGCAGGAGAGGGAGGGAAAGGAACUUGAAAAGAAGUUUGUCUCGAAUUUGAUCAUGCAAGACCACUCUGUCUUGGCGAUCGCUCUUCUCCUCAAUUUCUUGUGUCAAGCUCGAGCCCAGCUCGCGCCCGCGAUCUACGUCUUUGGCGAUUCCACUGUGGAUGCCGGCAAUAACAAUUUUCUCCCCACUGUUGUGAGGGCCAAUUUCCCACCUUAUGGUCGAGACUUUGAUAGCAGUGUCGCCACCGGGAGAUUUUGCAAUGGAAGAACUUCCACGGAUUAUCUAGCAAACCUUGUAGGACUGCCAUACGCUCCGGCUUACUUGGAUCCCCAAGCGCAGGGCAGCAGCAUUGUCAGGGGCGUCAACUUCGCCACUUCUGGAUCCGGAUUCUACGAGAAAACCGCCGUUCCCUUCAAUGUGCCUGGCCUCAGUGGCCAAAUCGAGUGGUUCAGCAAAUACAAGUCGAAGCUCAUCGGCAUGGUUGGGCAAGCCAAUGCGAGCGACAUCGUCUCCAAGGCGCUCGUCGCGAUCAGCACCGGAAGCAACGACUACAUCAACAAUUACUACUUGAAUCCCCUCACGCAAAAGAUGUUCGACCCGGAUACGUACCGCGCCAUGCUCAUUGAGUCCUUUGCAAACUUCGUCAAGGAUUUGUAUGGGCUGGGAGCUCGACGAAUUGCCGUGGUCAGCCUAGCUCCGCUGGGCUGCGUUCCCUCGCAAGUGACCCUCUUUAACCACGGGGAGCUACAGUGCGUGGAAGAUCACAACCAAGACGCCGUGCUCUUCAAUGCGGCCCUCCAGUCCACCGUGAACUCGAUCAAGGACGGCUUCCCGGGUCUCAGGCUCGCAUACGUCGACAUCUACACGCUCUUCACGAACGUUCUCGCCAAUCCAGGGAAAUACGGAUUCCAGCAGACGCUGACGGGCUGCUGCGGAACAGGAAGGUUGGAAGUCUCAAUUUUGUGUAACAUGCAUUCGCCGGGGACGUGCACUGAUGCGUCCAAGUACGUUUUCUGGGACAGUUUCCACCCUACGGAUGCAAUGAACAAGCUGAUUGCGAACGCAGCGCUCUCGCAAGGGGCUCCACAGCUUCUCUAGGUGGAAAAAGUAAGAUUCAGUCCUAGUCAAGACGUAGUCAUCGGGUCAAUAAAAGGUCAAUAAAGACAAAAUGUUGACUAACCCUAAAAA